UGAUAAAAAUUCGAGUAAUCCUGGAGAUUUCGGUUACGGAACACAGCCUGGCUUCUACGACUUUUUCCCCGGCCAGCCACCACCCGACGGAAUCCCCUACCACGGAUCAUUACCGUUGUCCACAGGCCAGAACUCUCAACCUCCGGUAUCUAUGGAGCAACCAAUCGUCUCCGCAGUAGGCCCCGAAUAUCCGCUAUUGGCCAAUACAGUCGUGGCGCAUACCUGGUAUUAUUCGGGUAUUCUACCCCGAAUCGUGCUCUACUCAAACAGAACCUAUCCUGAAAGAGGGAUUUCCAAUGAUAAAAGUCCUGUGAAUCUCGGGGCCGAUGCUCCGUACCUGUCGACUCACGGAGAUAUCCUGUCUCAAAGGUCAAGUCCGGACAGUAUCCUGAGUCUACCUUCGGUCACCGAUGCUUACGGAACACCCCGUUCUACAUCGGAAUCGAGUUUCCCCAAUUCCUUGUCUCAUCCACCGAUCAGCGAGACGCCCGUCUGGUGACGUGAACGAGGUGUCGAUCUCGCCCGUGAAGAUACCACUGUGAUACACGAGUGAACCGAGUGGCUUCAGCCACCUUUCGACCUCACUACUUUUAUUCCUCUUCUAUCCCACCCACGCCUUCACCUUACAUCGGUGCGUCGUUGGGCCCGGACUGUAAGUGGCCGAGACACGGCGUUAUACUGUUGCCACUCUGUGUGUGUGUGCGUGUGCAUGUGCGUGCGUGACUCGAGAGGAAACGGACUCCUUAUAGAAGAAAGAGGAGCGCUAAAGUAGCUCCUUCCUUGUGUUUUACUGGUAUUCUUCCUCCCGCCGCCGCACCCUCCCCGUCCUCGGCCAGAAGUGCGCCUACUGGUGGUGUCGGAUUGCGCAUGCUCCGUGACCUAUCCCGUGUAUAUGAUUUUGAUGGUUGCAGGCGACACUUAUCGAAAUGUACAACUACCAAAUAAAGGAGAUAGAA